AUGCCCGAAGACCGGCGGGCGCUGCGCGAGGCCUUAAAGCGCCAGCGCCAGCGUACCAUAUUGGUCGGCUUCGACUUCGACUGUACCUUGACAAUACGGCACUUCUACAAAGUGUUCGCUUGGUGCCUCCCCUUCAACACGGAUGCCCACCCUCACUACGAGGCUCUCCUGGAUUGGUGCGAGGAGCACGAGCUUGACCUCAGUGAGGUGCAAUUCACGACUGGGGCUGGUAGGGGUGUGGAGCCCGACGUCGUCCUGGCCUUGCUGGACAGGUCCGUCGGAGAAGACAAGCUGCACGAACUGUUGCGCGAGGUCUUCUUCGGCGGCGCAGAGCGCAUCAACGCCAUAGCAAGUUGGCUGCAGCAGUUGAGUCGUUCCGGUGCCGAGUUCGCCAUCGUCACAGCUGGGAUCUCCACAUCAGUUCUGCGAGUACUGAACGCCGUGCCGGAGUGGCAGCCGUUCUUCCCCAGCGACCGCAUCUGGGACGUGCAGCAAUCGCGACAUUCUGUCCAGUCAGUUAGCACCAGCAAAGUGCUGCUGCUCCGAGACAUUUGCCCGAAGGCGUCGGGCAUUCUACUGGUGGAUGACUCGUUGCAGAAAGACCCUCCUUUUGAAUGGGCAUGUAGCGGUGCCAAGGUGGCUGUGUUUGAUGGCCUCCCCUACGAGGGCCCCGGGCUGCAGGAGGAUCCGAUGCGUGCCAUUGAAGUUGAACUGGCGAAGUUCCCCUAA